AUGGAGCAGAAUAAAAUAAUGUUGGUUUAUGAUAACCAUGAUGUACUCUUAGUAAAUUUAGAUAAUGAACGAUGCGAAAGUAAGUUUGAAAAGUCUAUAAAAGAUGAUGAAAAGAAAAUAUGUAUGCUUAACAAUGGAAAUUUCCUUAUAUUAAAUGCAAAUAAAAAAAUGAUAUAUCAAUAUAUAUAUAACAAAAGCACAGCCAUAUAUACUAAAUAUGUACGUGCUCAUUUGAAUGUUAUUAAAUUAACAACAAAUGAAAGAAUAAUUUUCGGAGGUGAUAAAAUUGGGAAUGUGUAUAUAUGGUCUGCUAUAUCAGGAUUCUUAAUAAAUACUUUUCAAGCUCAUUUUGGACCAAUUAAAGAUAUUUUAAUUGAUCAGUUGGUAAAUGUUUUAUAUACGUAUAGUGAUGAUAAUAUAGUGCAUGUAUAUAAUUUACAUGACUUGUUCAGGAAAAAAAAAAUACAGCCAAUGUUAUUUUAUCAGCAUAAUAUAAAUUCAAAUAUAAAACAAAUUAUAAGUAUAACUCCAAAUAUAUAUGAUACAUUAUAUACUUUAAUAUCCUUAACAAAUGAUGGAACUAUAUAUGUAUGGGGUUUAAAAUCUAAAGAAGCUGUACAUAUAUUAAAAACCCAAACAGAAUGUUGUACAUAUAUUUGUUCAAAUUAUCCAUUCAAUACACAUUUAUAUGUGUGCAAAAAAAAUAAAAUUAUCCGUAUUCCUUUUCUUGAAUUUAAUAAGAAGAGUACGAAAAAUAAUAAAAAUAAGAAAAAUAAGAAAAACAGUUGUGCAUAUUGUCAUAACAAAAGUGAUGACAUAAAAUUAAAAGAAUAUGGUGAUUAUGUUCAAAUAAAAAAAAUACAAACAGAACAAAUUGAAAAUGAUGAAAAUGAUGGAAAUGAUAAAAACGAUUAUAAUAAUUAUAAUAAUUAUAAUGGUAAUCAAAAUUAUGGUGACAUAAAUAAUGACUACAGUGAUUAUUAUAACCAGUCAAGUGAUGAUAAUAAUAAUACAAAUGAUGAGGAUUUUAAUGAUAGUCAUCAUCUUAAUAUUAAUUAUCUUCAUUUAGAAACAAAUAAAAUUAUUAAAUCGCAAAACGUUGUUACAAAUGAAAUCUUUUUAAAUUUAAAAGAUUUUACAACAUUUAUAGGUCAUAAAAGUCAAGUAUUAAAAUGUUAUGUUGAUGAUAAAAAACAAAUAUUGAUAUCUUUGGCAAGUGAUGGAAUAAAAAUAUGGGAUAUAUAUAAUUGUUAUGCAAUCAAAACUUUGAAAUAUGGUGAAAAUGUUAUUAACUUUUAUAUUCCUACAUUCAAAAAUGUUUCUUAUUUAAUUGAGUUCCCAAAUUUAGUUCUUGAAUAUGAAGAUAAUACAAAUAUACACAUUAUUGAUGAAGUGAAGGAACAUACUUUUCAAUCCAAUUAUAAAAAUCUUUUAUAUAAUGAUCAAAAUUUAUUAAUUAAUAUGGCAAAUACAUUUGCAUCACACGACAUGUGA